CGCAACGACACUGAGCGGUUACAGCCGGAACUGAAUAUAACCACUUUUGUCCCUCACCGGACUGGUAACCACAGCGAACACUUCGCUCUCCAGUGAGGGGUUAAUAUCUUCGAUGCUCCAUGGCUAACGGCAACUUGCUUUGCUCAGAUGUGUCUAAGGAGAAGGAUCAUUAUGCUGUUCUGGGAGCUUGUCCUUCAGAUUCAUUUCAGGAGCUCAGGCACAGAUAUAAGAAGCUGGCCUUGCAGUGCCACCCAGAUCGUCUUGGAGGUUCAGAAGCUAAGUCUGGUCUGAGGAUGUUUCUUGAAAUUGAUGCAGCCUGGAGAAUUCUGAGUGAUGACAGCACCAGGAGUCACUAUGACCAACGGAGAAGAGCUCAGGAACUGAAACAGGAUUGGCUUGUUGACUCUACAGUCUCGAUGGAUGACAUGAACUGGAACCAAGAGGAGGGUGUUUAUUCUUAUAGCUGUCGCUGUGGUGGACAGUUCAGCAUUACACAAGAGGAGAUCGAUGCAGAGAUGCUUCGGAGGCAAGGUGCUGCUAAAGAAGAGGACACAAUGGAGGGCCACCAUUGGGUUGUAUGCUGUGACACUUGCUCCCUCAGUGUGUAUAUGACAUUUCCAUCAAAUAGCACUCCAAUUUCCAAAUAUCCCCCGCGACCCGACCUCGGAUAAGCGGAAGAAGAUGGAUGGAUGGGUUAAUAAUUGAAGCUUGGAAUUGAAGUGUGUUUACAUACCCUUAUCAAUUGUGUUUAUUUUGAUAUAAGGGCUGGUUUUACUACAUAUGUUUUCUCCACUUUAAAAACAAAUAUUUGUUUAAAAAGGUUUUUUUUAUAAAAAUAAAGCAAGUUUGGGUUUUAUUUUGUCCAAAACUCAACAAAAGUAACUAAUUUUCCCCUAGCCUUAAUUCUUGCUUAGUGCUUGCUGUUUUUUUUAUUUUUAUUUUAAGGAAUACACAUUGUUCAAUGUUUUUUGUACUGCAAAUUGU